GCCCCGUGAUCUGCUUCCGCCUUCCAGAGUCAACUUACAAAGUUGUUUGGCAAAUUAAGGAAUCAGUGUUAAACGUCCUGAAGCAGUUAGUAUACCAUUGUUAAUGUUCAGAAACAUGUUUUCUUGAGAGUCAUGUGUACCGUUGAAUAUUAGGCGCCAAAUAUUUCAGUCACGAUGAGUCAACAUAGAUCUACUUUCCCAGGACCUGAUCAUGUCAGCUUGGCAAGCAUUUACAUUAAUGUGGGAGCCAGAUGUAGUGACCUUGGUGACUUUCAGCUAGCAAAGGACUAUUAUUAUCGUGCACUGGGUAUUGUUUUGAAGAAGCUUGGACCUGAACAUGUCAGCUUGGCAAACGGUUACAGUAUUCUGGGAGCCAUAUGUAGUGACCUUGGUGAAUUUCAGCAAGCAAAAGAAUAUUAUUAUCGUGCGCUGGGUAUUGUUUUGAAGAAGCUUGGACCUGAACAUGUCAGCUUGGCAAGCAUUUACAGUGCUCUGGGAGCCAGCUGUAGUGACCUUGGUGAAUUUCAGCAAGCAAAAGAAUAUUAUGAUCAUGCGCUGGCUAUUGGUUUGAAGAAGCUUGGACCUGAACAUGUCAGCUUGGCAAGCAUUUACAGUGCUCUGGGAGCCAGCUGUAGUGACCUUGGUGAAUUUCAGCAAGCAAAAGAAUAUUAUGAUCAUGCGCUGGCUAUUGUUUUGAAGAAGCUUGGACCUGAACAUGUCAGGUUGGCAAACAUUUACAGUGCUCUGGGAGCCAUAAGUAGAGACAUUGGUGAAUUUCAGCAAGCAAAGGAAUAUUAUGAUCGUGCGCUGGGUAUUGGUUUGAAGAAGCUUGGACCUGAGCAUGUUAACGUGGCAAGCAUUUACUUUAAUCUGGGAACCACAUGUAGCGCCCUUGGUGAAUUUCAGCAAGCAAUGGAUUAUGACGAUCGUGCGCAGGGUAUUUUUAUUAAGAAGCUUGGACCUGUGCAUGUUGACGCGGUAAGCAUUUACAGUAAUCUGGGAACCACAUGUAGUGCCCUAGUUGAAUUUCAGCAAGCAAAAGAAUAUCAUGAUCGUGCGCUGGCUAUAGAUUUGAAGAAGCUUCUCCCUGAUGUCACAGGUAGCCUUGGGCAGGUAGAGGAUUGGAAUGAACGAGCGCAAACCAUUCUUCACAAAAAUAUAACGACUGUAAGAGCUGAUGUCCCUGCUUUGAGCAAGUUUCAAACCGUGCAAUCAGUCCCGCCUUAUAUCUUGGCCAGGGGAACCAUUGCGAAGGCCGCUUACCAGAGAGCUCUUGAAACGGGAAAGGCAUUCGAUAAACGGGUUAAAGUAUUGUUGAUUGGCCAAGACCGAGUUGGCAAAACUAGUGUCGCACGUUCUUUAAAAGGUGAACUAUUCCGACAAGAUGAAUCGAGCACAGAGGGGAUGCAACUAGACAUGCCAUUAAAACGUGUCGGUGAAAAACCAUGGAAGAAUUCCAAAGAGGAACAAGAAAGAAGUGCAUUCCAUUACAAAUGUGCACUAAAUAUCAGUAAUCAGUUACAAACUGAAGCAACCAACUCAAUUUACCUGGAAAGCGAAUUUUCGAAGCAAACAGAGACUGGUGAGACACAGAGAACAGAGGGUAUGAUCGGUGAAAUUGGAUCAAACCAGGAGUUCUUCAAUGAUGAAUUUUGUGGACCUGAGGUUGGACCAGAGAGUGUACCAAAGUUUGUACAGGGGCCAUACCAUGGAUCCUCACCAGACAUAGAGCCUGGGACUCAGUUGAAUUCAGAUGAAACUUCUUCGACAAGACAAGAGAACAACGGGCCUAAUGAGAAGCGAAAGAAUGAUAUGCCCGAUGAGGUGGUGCGACUUACAGCAGAAAACCUCUCGAGGAAAGGGCUAGAGAAGGAUGACGGCGUUUGGCCAGUUUGCAUGGAUUUUGGUGGUCAAGCCAUUUACCGUGCUAUUCAUCCUAUUCUUGUCUCGCGUGAAGCAGUUUACAUGCUAGUAGUUGAUCUUACCAAAGACCUUUCUGCCCUAGCCCAAUGUCUCGUGAAAGAGCCUGGUUACGACGUAGUUAAGAUUCCUUCUCCUGACAGCAAUGACACAAACCUAGAUCACAUUAUGAGGUGGAUGGACAUGGUGAAUUCCUUCAAAUACGAGGAGAAUGGCGAGGUAUUACCACCUGUCAUUUUGGUUGGAACACAUGCCGACCUUGUACAAGGAGACCCCGGAAUGAUGAUUACGGAUGUAAAGGACAUUAUUUGUGACACAGCAAGAGAAUUCAGCGAACACAUAAUCGAGAAAACAUUUGCAGUGAAUAACACUCUAGCUGGUAAGGAACUCGGGGAAGAAGAUCCCCAAGUUGUUGCCUUGCGGAAACAAAUUCUGAAGGUUGGAGAUACCAUGCCACACACAAAAGUUGAGGUUCCUUUGAAGUGGCUUCAAGUGGAACAAGAAGUUUCUAAUCUAGCAAGGAAGGGGACAAAUUAUGUCACAAGGCAAGACUUCCGAAGGAACAUCUGUGACGAAAUUUGCAAAUUUGAGGUCGAAGGUGAUUAUGAAGUACUUUUAUACUUUUUGCAUGAUCGUGGAACGGUGGUUUAUCAUGGAAGGGCUGAUAAUCCAAGCAGUUUAGUUGUUUUGAAUCCAAAGUGGCUAGUUGAUGUUUUGUGUCAGAUUAUAACAGUUGAAAAACAGAAGGAAGAGAAAACUCCCAUUUCAAACCUACGUAAGGAUCUUGGCAAGUAUGGCAUUCUAAAUGCCAAACUGCUUGAUUACUCUUACACAAAACUGGGCGUUGAAGACAUUAAGGAGUCUCUGCUUUUCCUCAUGAAGAAGUUCAACCUUCUUUGUGAAUAUACAGGAAAAGAUGGUAAAUCCGUGUAUCUUGUUCCGUGCAUGUUGACCUCCCAACCGCCCGAUGGAUUGAUGCCGUACGUUUCUGUUAACCCAGGCCCUACACCCGUUUAUGUCACAUUCACCACUCAGUAUGUACCAGGUGGUCUCUUUUCAAGAAUGGUUGUCCUUUUCCUGGAAUUUGUUCAAAGACGAAUGACCUGUGAUCAACCAAAGCUCUGGGCCAACUUCGCCCGAUUCUUUAUGGGAGAUCACACUGUACUUGAUCUUGUUUGCCACAAGCGUGUGAUCAAAGUACACGUUUGGAACCACACUGAUCCAAGUAUGAACCCUGUUGUGACCGAACCUGGCGUUUGCUCAGAGGUCAUAAGCUUUUUGAAGUCUAGUUUGAAGAGACUGCACGAAGAGUGUCACUGGCUGCAAACAGUAUCCUGGGAUCUCUGCGCUAGAUGCAGUUUGUGUCCACCCCAGUUUGUUCGUGAAACCGGAGAGUGUUAUUGGCAUGCGGAAGCAGGAUGUUGCCACGAUGAUUGUGCACAUUACGUUUCCUUGACAAAGAAACCUGUCCUUUGCUCUCGUACACUGAGGGGUCCAAAGUUAUGUCCACCCAAGACUUGGAGUCAGGUCUUAGAUGAUACCAUUAGCAAGAAACAUAGGGAGACCUCUACUUUGGCGCAGUGCAGUUCUGAUAAUUUCAAAAAGCGAAAAUUACCGAUUGCGCAAUCAGUUGUUCCCGCUAAAGUUUCGCACACAGAUUUCGAUGGAACAGGGAAAGACCAAGAAAGCGAGUCGUUUAUUCCAGAGGAAGUGGCUCCCACAGGAAAAGUUUUGAAAGAAGGUGUUGUGUCUGAUGACGAUCUCGAGGAGCUGUCGAACUCAAUCUCAAAACUUUGGAUGAAGCUUGGACGCCGAUUGCAUUUUCGCCAGGAAGACCUUGAUUGCAUAGAUGUAAGAUGGCCUGAUCUAUUUGAUAAGGCUUAUCGAAUGCUGCUGUUGUGGAAACAAAAAAACGCAUCAGAUGCCACUUACUGUUUUCUGUGCCAAGGAUUGUGCCACAAGUUUGUGGAUCGAAAGGACUUAGCUCAGGAAUUCUGCUUUCACUAAGGAAUAAUAUCCUCGGUAUGGGAAUAACUGAUCAUAAAAAAUGGACUUCUUUCAUAAUAAUGGGAGCUACGUCUAUAAACUCAAUACUCAUAAUUGAUGAUAAAAGGCAUUAAUUUUUUAAAUGAUGAAAUACGAAUUCCUUCCCGUUUAUUUUUAUUCCAAAAUAUACAAGGGCCUAUUUUGGCACAAACUUUUUGCGCUUGGGAUUUGACAAUUAAAAAAGUAUUGAAUUUAAGAUGUAAGAUAUUGUCCAAUUAAAAAGGACUCUUUCAUUGAAAAACUGCAUGAAAGUUUCAUUGAAACAAAUGUAAAUGGUGUGAAAACAUACUAGGUAGUCGUAGAAUUCAUACACGUUUAAAAAGUUUUGAACUUAAUGGAAACCUUGCAAUUUUUUUGUAAAAUGUGUUUUAUUAGCAGAAAUCAUCAAAGUAAUGCAAACGAUGUAGAAAUAUACUUGGCAGUAAUGAUGUACAUCAAUAAACGUUGAACCACAUGGAAA